GGGCCGGGGUCACGACCCGGAAGCGGAUCGGCCAUGUUGCCGGGUGACCCCGGGAGCGGUGCCGGGAGGGAGGUGGCGGCGGGGUCCGCUGAAGGGAAGCGGUUGUCGUAAGGGAGCCGGACCGCCUCCCCUUCCGCCUCCACGGUUGCCCAUCCACGCACCUGUCCCCCAUGGCAGCGUGGUCCCGGGAGGCUGUCCUGACCCUCUACCGGGCUCUGCUGCGCCAGGGCCGUGGGCUGCGCUACACUGACCAGGAUUUCUACCUCGCUUUCAUCCGCCGCGAGUUCCGCAAGAACCUGGGGUUGCAGCGGCUGGAGGACAAGGAAAGACAGUUGGAGAAGGGGCAAGCUUUCCUGCAGAACAAACUUGGGGGCUUAGUUUAG